UAAAACAUGGCUUUCUUUUCCAUGUUAGCAUAUGAUGGUGAUGGAAGACAUGUUAAAAGACUUUUUGCUCGGAGAGCAUCUUCUUUUAGUGGGCAACCAGGGUGUGGGGAAAAAUAAAGUGGUCGACAGAUUCCUCCAGCUGUUAAAUCGACCCAGAGAAUAUUUGCAGCUGCACAGGGACACCACCGUGCAGAGCCUGACGCUUCAGCCGUCCGUGAAAGAGGGCCUGAUUGUGUACGAGGACUCUCCACUCGUGAAAGCUGUCAAAAAGGGGCACAUCCUCAUGAUUGACGAGGCAGACAAGGCACCCACAAACGUCACCUGCAUUUUGAAAACUUUGGUGGAGAGCGGAGAGAUGAUUCUGUCCGACGGGAGACGCAUUGUUUCUAAUGCUGAUGCUGCAGAUGGGAGAAAAAAUGUCAUAGUAAUGCAUCCGGAUUUUAGGAUGGUUGUUUUAGCAAACAGGCCGGGAUUCCCUUUCUUGGGAAAUGACUUUUUUGGAACACUUGGAGACAUAUUUAGCUGUCAUGCAGUUGAUAACCCAAAACCAAACUCAGAACUAGCCAUGCUUCGACAGUACGGGCCCGAUGUCCCAGACUCAGUUCUCCAGAAACUGGUAGCAGCUUUUGGAGAGCUGCGAAGUUUGGCCGACCAAGGAAUUAUCAAUUAUCCUUACUCAACUCGAGAAGUCGUGAACAUUGUCAAGCAUUUACAGAAGUUUCCGACAGAAGGACUUGCGAACGUGGUCCGGAACGUCUUCGAUUUUGACUCCUACAACAAAGAAAUGCGUGAGAUAUUAAUUAGCACGUUGCAUAAACACGGAAUACCUAUCGGUGCCAAGGCCGACAACGUACAGAUGGCCAAGGAAUUGCCAUUGCCGGAUACAAAAUUUAUGGGCUAUUGGAAAAUCAAUCAUUUGGGGAAAUCGCGACGAAGGCUGUUGUGUCCUACUGAAACUCAUCGCGUAGACGUGAAGGGUCCGAUAUAUUUAAACGUGCAGGCCUUCCCUCUGGAAAGACACGAAGGCAGAGCCUUGAGUUUUACAGAAGAGCUAGCAUUCUGGACCCUGCCUUUGAACCAGGUGAACCUAGUCUGUGAUGUGGCGUCACAAGAGCGCGAAGGCGAAACCUCCCUUUACGUGGCCACCUGCAAUCCCGUCUCCUUGUAUUUUAUGAACGUAUCGAGUAAAACUGGACACUACGUGGACCUCUACGACCUCUUCCCACGGACACUGCGGGGCAUGUGGCAACCCUUUGUCCGACUGGCCCCCCUCGGGGGUCCCCUCCGAGGUCAAGUAGUCCUACACGAAGAGCAGAAUCACAUUAUUUUAUUGCUGGACACAACGACGGGGGCCGUGAGCCGACUCACCCUGUUACCGGAUAUCCAGGCGUCGCAUAAAGGAACAUCUUGGUGGGGAGCCAAAGAGCAGGAGAAGACAAGUCACAAAAUGUGCAAGGAAUUCGCGCAUAAGAAUUGGCUGGUGUUCUACAAAGAGGAAGGGAGCUCUCUUACCGUGAUGGACGUCCUGGAGGGCAACGCCCACACCAUCUCCCUCCCCAUCAGUCUCAAGUCUGUCUUUUUAGUGGCCGAAGACCGGUGGCUUCUGGUGGAAAAUAAAACCAACCAGAAGUACCUGUUGACUAAGCCGCUACACCUGGCUGUGGAAGAGACUGGCAUCUGCCAAUUACACACACUGACCGAGGAACCAGGAGAAACUGGAUUUGGACUAACCACGGUCCUUGAAAGCUACGUGCCCCGGGCUGUUUCUCGGGAUCCGCUGUCUUCCGAGAACUUGAGCCGAGCCAUUGAGCAGAAAAUCAGCGCUCCCAACCGAGUCUUCUCCAGCCAGGAAGAUUACGCGACGGUGGUGAUUGGAUUCCCGGAUCUCAUGUCCCCCAACGAGGUCUUCAGCUGCAAGAGAGGCGCCCCCCUGAGCAGCCGACCACAUUCGCCUGCUGACCCGCUUUAUUACGGGAGAGGAAGCCGCGGCGGCACGGCAAAGCACACCAAUUGUGUCACCCUGGCUGCCGCGAACCAAGUGGUGAGGAUCUUAGCCCCCGGAGACGUGCCUCUGAAGGAGCUCUAUCCGAAAGACGUUACGCCUCCCGAAACGGCUGGAUACUUGGAAAUUGCAGAUCUUACAACCAAGAAAGUUAAAUAUAUACCUAUCCCCAGAUCCACGAAUCUGUCUCCGUACACAUCCUGGCUAGCCACGAUUUCAGACACGGACGCCUUGUUGGCUUCACUGGGGAAAAACGGAGUGGUGACUGUAGACAUGGGGGGCAACGUCAGACUGUGGGAAACCAAUCUAGCAAGCCUGGAGAAAUCCCUCCAAGAGUGGAGAACCAUGAUUGGCCAAGAAGAUGGCAGGCCCGUGCAGAUCACCAUCCAGAGAGACAGUGGUUUGGACGUCAGGUCCCCUAAACAUGGGAGGAUAGACCCAGACAACGCCCCCCAUGUUGGAGGAAACACUUGGGCUGGUGGGACAGGUGGGAGAGACACCGCAGGCUUGGGAGGCAAAGGGGGUCCCUAUCGGCUGGAUGCCGGUCACCAGGUGUACCAAAUCUCUCAAGCCGAGAAAGACGCGGUACCCGAAGAGGUGAAAAAGGCCGCCAGAGAGAUGGGCGAAAAGGCCUUUAAGCAGAGAUUAAAAGAGAUCCAGAUGAGCGAAUACGACGCCUCGACUUACGAACGGUUUUCUGGCGCUGUUCGAAGACAAGUUCAGUCCCUCCGAAUUAUUCUGGAUAACUUACAGGCCAAAGGGAAAGAAAGACAGUGGUUAAGGCACCAAGCCGUUGGAGAAUUGGACGAUGCCAAGAUCAUCGAUAGCCUGACCGGGGAAAAAACCAUCUACAAACGACGUGGAGAACUUGACCCACAGCUUGGAAGUCCUCAGCAGAAAUGCAAGCGCCUCUCCUUGCUGGUGGACGUCUCCGGAAGCAUGUACCGUUUCAAUGGCGUGGACAGACGACUGGAGCGGUCCAUGGAAGCCGUGUGCAUGGUUAUGGAAGCCUUUGAGAACUACGAGCAGAAAUUUAAGUACAAUAUCCUCGCCCACUCGGGAGACGGAUUCAACAUUGUCCUAGUCCCCAACGAGAACGUGCCCAAGGACAAUAAGCAAAGACUAGAGAUCCUAAAGGUGAUGCACGCCCACGCUCAGUUCUGCAUGAGCGGAGAUCACACCCUGGAAGGGACCGAGCACGCCAUUCGGGAGAUCGCCAAAGACGACGCCGACGAGUAUUUCGUCAUCGUCCUAAGCGAUGCCAAUCUGGAGCGAUACGGUAUCCCGCCUGCACGAUUUGCACAGGCCUUGACCAUCGAUCCCAAAGUGAACGCCUUCGCCAUCUUCAUUGGGUCCCUGGGGGAUCAAGCAGACCGAUUGCAAAGGACGUUACCGGCCGGCCGGUCUUUCAUUGCCAUGGAUACCAAAGAAAUCCCGCAAAUUUUGCAGCAAAUUUUCACAUCCACCAUGCUCUCCAGUUCCUAGAAAAAAGGUUUUCAUUGACUAGACCGACUGUUCAACACAGAAUAAUUCAGAAUAAUUUAAAUGACCUGCUAAUUAGAGUUGAAGCACUAAUGAUUGCCCUAACUUUAUACUGAAUAAAUAUACUUUACAUUGAAGUGCAUAUUGUACUUCAAUCAGCGUGAGCUAAACUAUGGCAUCCUUUCAUAAAGGGGAUGGUUUAAAAACAUGAUCAGAGCUUUGGGAUAAAUUAAAGAUCUCUAUGAAUCAAUUAAAGAUUUCUACACAGGCUCCCUUAAAUACAUUUUGUGCCCAGGACCUAUUAAAGAGAAUGACACCCA